CUUGGAGUCAUUUUUUUGCAAUGAAGGCGUUGAUUCUUGUUGGUGGAUUUGGAACGCGGCUGCGGCCGUUGACGCUUGGUCUGCCCAAGCCAUUGGUUGAGUUUGCCAACAAGCCAAUGCUUCUGCACCAAGUGGAAGCGCUCGUCAAGGCUGGCGUCACGCAUGUCAUUCUGGCUGUCAACUACCGCGCCGAGGUCAUGGAGAAGGAGCUCCGGUCAUUUGAGCAAACGUACAACAUCAAGAUCAGCAUCUCGCAAGAAACAGAGCCGUUGGGCACAGCCGGCCCACUGGCGCUCGCACGGGACAUUCUCAACGAAGGCGAUUCGCCAUUUUUUGUGCUGAAUAGCGACGUGAUUUGCGACUUUCCGUUCGAGGAGAUGGUCGCCUUCCACAAGGCUCACGGCAAGGAAGGCACCAUCCUUGUCACCAAGGUCGACGAGCCCAGCAAGUACGGCGUGGUCGUUGCUCGCCCCGACGGGUGUAUCCAAAAGUUUGUCGAAAAGCCGCAAGUCUUUGUCUCGAACAAGAUUAACGCAGGCAUCUACCUCUUCAACACGGCCAUCCUCAAACGAAUCGAGCUGCGGCCAACGUCCAUCGAAAAGGAAACAUUCCCUGCUAUGGCUGCCGACCAAGAGCUGUUUGCCAUGAACUUGGAAGGAUACUGGAUGGACAUUGGCCAGCCAAAAGACUUUCUUGCGGGAUCGGCACUCUACCUCGAGUCGAUGCGCGCCAAAAACCCGAGCAUGCUUGCCAAGGGCGACAACUUUGUUGGCAACGUCUUGGUGGAUCCUUCUGCAAAGAUUGGCACUGGGUGUAAGAUCGGCCCGAACGUCGUGAUUGGCCCCAACGUCAUUAUCGAGGACGGCGUAAGGCUUGCCAAGGCCACAAUAUUGAACGGCUCGCGCAUCAAGAGCCACGCAUGGCUGACGUCCAGCAUCAUUGGCUGGCGCUCCACCAUCGGACAAUGGGUGCGCAUGGAAAACAUUUCAGUACUUGGCGAGGAUGUCAUGGUCAAGGACGAGAUUUACAUCAACGGCGGCAUGAUUUUGCCGCACAAGGAGAUUGGAACAAGCAUUCCUGAGCCGAGUAUUGUCAUGUAAAUUAUCAACAGACCCCCGUUCUCCUCGCCCCCUUCCAAAACACCAAGUCUUGAUCCUGAGUGCAGUUGCAGUCCCCCCCCCUUGUUUUUUUUUUCUUGUUCGUGUCUCUGUUUCUCGUUGUCUUGUGUCAAUGAUUGAAUUAUUUCAAACCAGUG